AUGGCCAGCCAAGGCCAAAUGAUGCUCAUGAUGCGCGCCUGGUGGGCCGGUGGCAUGUUUUCCAGCCAAAGCCAAACGAUGCUGAUGGUGUGCUCCUGGUGGGCCACUCCGAAGUGCUUCGAAUUUUCGCACCCGAACUGGCAGCUGACCAACAAUGACAGGUAUGCCCAGAUCGAUUUUAUUUCCGAGGUUGACUCCCUGGUGCACGGAUUUGCUGGCUACUUUCACUGCGAGCUUUAUGCAGGCCUCAGCGUGUCCAUCAAUCCGGAGUCCUACUCGGAAGGCAUGUUUUCCUGGUUUCCCAUUUACUUUCCCAUCCGCACGCCGGUGGUCUGGAAGAAGGGCGAGAAACUCGAGAGUCACUGGUGGAGAUGUUCGAACGACAGAAAG